AUGUGGUGCAGGCCAUUUCAGACACUGGUCCGUUGGUACCUGGAAUCCGUCGGCCUGCUGGAGGUUUCUUUGCUGGAGACGGUCUCCAACGCCAUCUCAGGUUUUAUGUCGUGCAGUCCGAUUUGGCCAUCCAGGUGGCGUAAGAGGUGUCUAAAAUUGGUGGACUCGAUCGAUGCCAAGCGAGAUCCGAAAAGAGCCGCAGACUUCAAGUUUGCUUUGGCCGAGUGCCGCAAAGAUGUAGCUUCCCUUGGAUUUCGAGAUGGUGGUGAAAUGGGUGAAGUUUCUGGGGCCCUUCUAUCAAGGUGGUGGCUAUGA